AUGGUGUUAAUAAGGGAGGAACAAGGUGACAGUUCAAAGAUUCGAGAGAAUGGAGUUGCUGGAGGAGUUGGACUUGGCGAUUUUGAGUUUAGGACCAAUAAAGUGGCUAUGGAUACACCUGGCAUGUCCAUCACCAAGGUUGAUAAGGACGGGGAUGAAUGUGAGCUCUCAGGAAAGGAUGAUAAUGCGGAGGUUGAAGUUGAUUACACACGUAAUUACUGGGAGGAUGAGGACGAUAUCUACCAAGAGUUUGAGGAGCUGGACUUUGAGGCUUUGCCGGACUGUUCAGACACAUGGAGCAUCGCCUCAGACGACUCCUUUUACCCCCUGAACAAUUCAAUCGACUCUCAAGGCCCUGACAGCCCAGAGCCUAUCUCCUUCUUCAAGGCCUGCUGCAACAACAACACCAUCAUUGUAAAGAUUAUGAUCAGACAAGGGGUGACAGAAGAGGAAGUGAAGGAGACAGACAGGAACAGAAGAUCUGGUCUGAUUGUGGCGUGCUACCAUGGCUUUGUGGAUGUGGUCAUUGCCCUCUCUCAGUGCCCGUAUCUUGAUGUCAAUUGGCAGGAUAACGAGGGCAACACUGCUCUCAUUACUGCAGCACAAGCAGGUCAUGUUUUCAUCUCCAACUAUCUGCUGAACUAUUUCCCUGGGCUGGACAUUGAGAGAAGGAAUUGUCAUGGUUUCACAGCUCUGAUGAAAGCUGCCAUGCAGGGCCAGCCUGAGUGUGUUAGAGCUCUUAUGCUGGCUGGAGGUGAUAUUCAGGCACGAGACAAUGGCCGCAGUAUGACACCCACGGAGUGGGCUCUCUUCACUGGUCGAUAUGAGACCGCCAACCUGAUGUAUCGACUGAUGUUGAAGCCCUGUGCUGAGCAGUUCUGUGACUCCUUUUCCCUUGAGUGGCCCAUGUUAGAGGAGCUGGUUUCCCAGGCCCGAGACCCAAAGUCCUGCUGGAGACAUUUGAUCAAAUUUCUCUCCUGCUGCUCUUAUAGGUUUAACAUCAGCAACAGGAUUAACCCUGUGGAUGAUGGAGUUCUUGACCACAUGGUCCGGAUCACCACUGGUAUCUCCAGCCCGUUCAUCGCCCCAGCUUGCUAUACAGUAUGCCCCAGCAGCCCACCAUGUGUUGGGAAGCGUCGUCAUGCUGUGCAGGAGAUUCUGAGAAGGCAACGGGUGGCCGAGCUGAAGUGUCUAGGCCCAGACAGAUUGAAUAACUACAAAAGAUUUUUCCAGAACUCGCGAGUCCUCCUCAUUCCCAAGGUGAGGGAUCGGAGGGCCAGCCUCCAGCCUCAACUGCUCCGUGAUGUGGCUGCAGCAUCCACAGUGGUCAUAAGACGAGCCAGUCUUCUCCCACUUAAUAUGCUGAGAAGAAGUAGUGUGCGCCCAGGCACGAUGGUGCCUAAAGUGAGGCUCUGCAAAGCCCCGGCUCCUAGUUUUAUACCAGAAGAAACCAGGGAGAACAAUAACCACAACCAGCUCCAGAUACCCAAGUGGAAUUACAAGAUGAAGACAAUCGAGAGGAGGCAGGAGGGGGAGAGGGACGGGGAGAGCCUGGGAGCCUUUGCGGCUGAUGUGCAGCGGUAUGCCAGACAAGGACACCCGACGUUCACACCUUGUGUCAUCAAGGAACUGAGCUUGCAGGUCCAUCUGUGGGGCCUACGGCUCACCACACCGUCAUCCCUUGAGGCUUUGAGGGAGGCAGAGUGGGCCGAGGAGGAUGCCGAGGAGCUGACGGAGGAUCAUGUGGUGAGCCCAGCCGUUGUUUCCGCUGCUGCGAGCCGGGGCACCUUGCUAGAAACUGCCUGGCCCCGAGGCCCAGCGGAGGGUGGUGUACCCGGCCCCGAGGCCCAGUGGAAGGUGAUGUUGGACGUCACCCAGCCCCGGCAUAGGCGAGAGCCUCAGGGACUUGAGCAGAAGGAUAGUACUGGGGUACUGACCCUAGGAAGCCGGGACGCAUCCGACGCCAGCCAGAGAGACUGCGGGGUUUUGUUAUGGACUGAGGGUUGUGGGGACACUUAA